CCGUUUCCGCUCUUCUAUCGACGAUUCCUGACGCACGACUGGGACAACAUGGCACUGAUCAGGGCACUGAUGGUUCUUAAUGAGAUGUCGUUCCUUUCACCACCACCGCCACAUUGACUUCAAGCAUUCAUCCGCCUCCCUCAGAGAAACACCAUCCAGCCACCCAAUACCCAGUUCAUCAAGCUCAACAUGGCGAGUCACAUUGUGAACAAGGCUCAGGAGGCUGCGCGGGAGGACUAUGGCCAAGCCAAGCGCCUCCUCAACGAGGCUGCCAGAAGCAGAUCCUAUCUUUACCCCAUCAAGGGAGUCGCGUAUUUUCUCAGCCAUCCGGCGUUGUGGAAACCGCUCCGCUCGAAGCUCGUGCCGUACCUGACCCUGUACUCGGGCGUGCUGGGGUCCAUGUUCUUCUUUACCUAUCUCCCGCAGCUUGCCGUCAUGGCCUUUGUCAACGGGCCGCUCGCCGUCCUCACUACGGCGCUCCUCAUCCUCAACGAGAGCUCGACCAUCACCAGCCUCAUCUCCAAGAACUAUCUGCUGCAAGACGCACUCUUGGACACGUUCGACGGGACCCUGGUGGCCAGGGAUGCGACCGGCAUCGUGGCCGAGGGCAGGGAGCUAAAUACCCGAGGAGACUCGAUCCAGAGGCUUGGAAAGGUUAUCAAAAAGCCCUUCAGCGGGCUUAGCCUUAACGACCUGGUUCGCUACGUCAUGUACCUGCCACUCAACUUUGUUCCUGUCGUGGGUACCGUGGCAUUCAUCCUACUACGAGGGCGCUCUCGUGGUGAUUCUGUCCAUGACCGGUACUUCCAGCUGAAAGGCUGGCCAGCAUCCAGAAGGUCGAAGUGGCUUGAGGACCAUAAAGGCCCUUAUACUGCGUUCGGCACCGUUGCCACGCUCCUCGAGAUGGUCCCGCUUGCUUCGAUACUCUUCUCUUUCACCAAUACAGGCAAGUUCUGAUUUCAUGUCUGACCUGUCACGAGCGCCGCGGUUGCUGACA